CAGCGUCUGGAAACUUGCUUACUGAUGGCUGGAGCUGACAGAGUUUUGUCCGGGAGUUUUGUGUCAUCUUGUGAUGUUUUAAACUAUCUUUUUCUACUUGGUGCACAAAAUGAAAUACAGCUGCUGUCAAGAUUGUUCUGUAAUUCAUGGCUGGUUUGUUUAUUGCGCUUUUUGUUGACAAAUGCACCGCUUGUCAAAGUCAUUGGAAAUCCGAUUUCGGAUGGCAUCGUUUUCAAAAAUGAGCUUACUCACUUGCCCUUGCUUGAGGCGUAAGAGGGUUGAAAAGUCUCAAGCGAUUCUGGAACACUUCAUGACCUUCAGAAGCAGCAUCUCGACUGGUAAGCCUGAGCAAUUAUUGUCUUUGAUGUGUCUUUUUUUUUUUCGGUUUCCUGAAGUCGAGCGUACGGCUUAAGUUUAUACACGAGCAAUGAUCGAACUUACAGUAGUAUCAGGUUUAAAAAGCCUUUAGACAUUUUUUGACCGCAAAUUCAAAGAAAAGGUUCUGAAGAUUAUUUAGUUAUGAUUUUGGCUGUAAACAGAAAGCUCUGAGCGAUUUUCUUGCCUCGAGUUCAUCUUGAAAAAGAGCAAACACCGGGAGCCGGCUCAAAACAUAAAUAAGCUUAUCAGCUUACCUGACUCAUGAUUUUCAGAGACGCUUUACUCUCAAUACUUCUCUUCGUGAAUGAAAAUUAUUUUCUCUGUACAUGUUUCACCGAAUUAUAUUUAUUUUAUUGAUUGUUAGUAGUCCCUCCCGCGAUUUUUAUCGCUGCACCGGUUGUUUCCAGUCGAACAUAAACAUCGCAUGCAGGAAUACUCAAAACGCCGCGCGUAAAUGUCACUCGCUUUUACAGAUUACACAUAACAAAACCAUACACAGUUUAAUACAUAAAGGGAAAUAAAACCUAAACAUAACAAUUUCUCUAUCAUGUUGAAGCGUAAAUGGUAACUCUAUUAGUCGCACUGCAAGUUUGGUGCCUGUCAAAAGUGAGAACCCGUCCGGCUGGCCGAAAAGGUGAUUUUGGGAAUUUUUUUUAUCGUUUUCAUUAAAAGCCCGUAAUUAUUACCCUGCAUAUCACAUAGAACCAGAUUUUUCUAACUGAAAAGUCCCGGCAUUUUCUGAGAAUUCUCUUCAUAACAACGUUUUAUAAUUCAAUGCUACAAUUUGUUGUGCAAAGGAAGCGCGUGCUUUGAUCGUCGUGGAUAUUGAAUGAGUGCAAAUUCUCUUGCAAAAUUGUGAAAAACUGCAGAAUUAUAGGUUUAAAUAGGGCAAAAAAGAACAAAUUCUGUCCGAGGUCUGUAUGGUAAAAAAAGGGCCUCAGAGUACUGUUUAGCUGAGACGUGAUGAGAAAAAGUAUGUUUAUAAGGCUGGUUUACACGCCACCAGAUUCGUCGCUAAGAUUUACUAGUAAACUAAACUUGUCGAACACAAAAAAUCCGGCCUGAUUUUUUAUUUUGGCCUCUCUUUUAGACAGAGGAAUGCAACGUGUAAAUUGGCUGCCACCAAGGACUAUCGUGGCGCGUGUGUUUCUUAAAAGUAUAUUUCGGGGUUGUCUAACGGAGCAAUGUUGGAGAGACUGGUGAAUGCCACAUUAUGAUGCAACAGCUAAUGCAAAUACAAUACACGAAUAGGUCUAUUUGUUUUCCAGGCCUAAUCUUCUGUUAUCGAACAUGAUUGCUAUUUUUGGGUGUACAAAUAAGACUAUUUAAUAACUCGAUGUAAAAUUUGUUUCACUCUUGGACUGUCAAAUUAUUUUUCUCUAAAAUCACUGUGGAUCUGUAGAUUACAAGUUUAUUGUUUGAUUUAAAUUAUGAAUUUAUUAAUGGGAGCUUCGCUUUUAGCCCUGGCUAAAUCUAUAUAUUACUCCUUAAAUCGAAUUAACUCAAUAUGGCCGCCGUAUCGGUAAAAAGGUCUAUUGCAUUCAUUCAAUAUUCAGGACCAUCGAAGCACGCGUUGUCUUUUAAUUAGCGAAACCGUUCAAAAAAUUUCCAAAAUCACCUAUAACUCUAACUUUUGACAAGCUCAAAAUUUGCGAAGAAAUUUUAAAGAGUUACGCUUCAACGUGAUAAAGAAUUUACUGAGUCUAUUUUUUAUUAAUGGUUUUAUAACGAUGUGUAAUCUUAAAAAGCGUUUGAUAUGCUUGGCAUUUUGAGUACUCCUGCAAGCGAUGUUUAUGAACGGCUGAAAACAAACGGCAAAGCGAUGAAAAUUACACUUUUGAGACUACCAACAAUUAAUAAAGAAAUAUAAUUCGGUAGAACAUUUACAGAGACAACAAUUUUCAUUCACGAAAACAAAUGAGUAUUCAAGUGUCUCUAAGAAUCCUCAAGUCUUUACUAGUAAGCUUGAAGCUUAAGUUUAUGUUUUAAGCCGCCGGUUUCCCGGUGUUUGCUGUUUUCAAAGAUGAACUCACGACAACAAAAUCGCUCAAAGCUUUCUUUCUACAGCCAAAAUUAUAACUAAAUAUUCUUCGGAAAGUUUUUUCUUUCUAUUUACGGUGAAUUAAUAUCGACUAAAGGCUUUUUAAAGUUCUGUAAGCUUAAGCUUAUGUAUAUCAAACCUCAUACUAGGUCAGAUCAGUGUCUCAGUCAAAUCUUAAUACAAACGUGCAUAAACUAGCUUCAUAAACUGCGCCGCUGGACUUCAUGAAAUUAUAUUCAAAUACAAUAAUUACUCAGGCUUACCAAAUUUCAAGAUGCAGCUCCUGAAAGCUAUCAAGUAAGGCAAGGAUCGCGUGAGCCUUUAUAAUUCUCGUACGCAUCCAGCAAAGUGAAAAACAAAAACGAUGCCAUCCGAAAUCGGAUUAUCGGCUUUGACAAGCGACGCAUUUCUCAACCAAAAACCCAAUAAACAAACCAGCCAUGAAUAAGAGAACACUCUUGAUAGCAGCUGUAUUUCAUUUUGUAUAUCCAGUGGAAAAAGACAGUUAAAGACAUCACAAGUUGACUCAAAACUCUGUUAGCUUUAGCUGUCAAAGUAAGCAACUUUCAAGAUGCUGCAUAAAUUUUACGCAUGAACUCACCUGUCAAAUUUUAACCAAUCAGAGCAUAAACAUUGGACGUGCAGCAUGACCAACACGUGACCAUGGUAAGAAAAGGUCUUCCCCCCCUGGCUGAAUUUUUGCGUCUGAGGUCAGUUUGAAAUCAAAAUCGUAAUGGUGCGGGGCGAUACUGACAUAAACACAACAUAUUUGAUAUGAAUUUAAAAAAAAAAAAAGCAAACGUGAGCCUGCGAUCAUUUGAAAACGAAUAACUUCAAGAAAAAUACUCGACCUAGAUGGGUCGACACCUGAGCCCACGAUACGGUCAGGUGAUACUGAUAAGCGGAUAUCCUGUUUUGACAGCUGUCAAUUGAUGACAACAUUGAUGUGCAAUCAGCUUUCUCCUGGGCUCCCGAAGUAGCUAGAAAGUGUGAGAGUAAACAUUGGUAUGCCUGUGGUGCGGACGGACGGUCGGUCGCUCGGUCGCUCGGUCACGUGAUUACCAAAUUUUCUGGGAUGGGUAGAUUUCUUUACCUAUGGUGCUCCGCUGGCGCGCUUCGCGCACGGAGCUCCGCUAUUACUUACUUAAUUAAAAAUAGACUGCGAGCAGUCUUCUCUUUUUCUGCCGGUUUAGUAAGGGGAGUGCACGCGCGCGCGAGGCGAAGCCGCGAGACCCGCGAAACGAGGGCGGCAGCCGCGCCAUCAGUCACGCGCGUGGCCAUUUGCGUGUCUCGCGUUUUGCUCGACGGACUACAGAAAAAAGAGAGAAAUCAAAAAUGGAGUUCGGGGAAAGAAAUUUUUUGGCCCAAGUUAAUGCCAAUGAUUUUGACGUUUAAGAAAUAAAGACUCACCACAGAGAUACAGCUAGUUACAGAUACAGUGAAGUAUGUAAUAAUCACACAGCUAUCAUAAAAUAAGAGUAAAGCAAAGUAAUAUCAUAUGGAGCGUUAGAGGGAUUUUACUUCGACCAUGAGACGGAUUCAAUGUUUUUCUGCUGUCUUUAUAUCUUAACUAUCGUAUUGAAAAUCACAGUAAUGUGGAGAAAAAUUUAAGGAAAUAUCUUUUGUUCCAAUUUCAUUUUUUAGGAAAUGCUGGUGACUCGCUAAGUUAUCACAAAAGCUCCUCUUUCUCCACUAAAGACCGAGACAAUGACAGCUGGUCUGCUAACUGUGCUACAAGUUACAAGGGGGCCUGGUGGUACAACAACUGUCAUUAUUCCAACCUGAACGGCCUCUAUCAUCACGGUAGACACUCUUCACAUGCUGAUGGUGUGAACUGGUAUCACUGGAAGGGAUAUCGCUACUCCGCUAAACGAGCUGAAAUGAAACUCAAACCAGUCAACUUCUAA